AUGUUCAGCACCACGGAUGAGAAAUUCCAUGCUAAGCUCAGAAGAGCGGUAUCGAACGCGUAUGCGAUGAGUACCCUGGUUCAAUUUGAAUCCUUGGUUGAUUCCACCACAUUGGCGUUUUUGGAACAGCUCGAGGAGAGGUUUGCAGACAAAACAGGUCCCCAAGGCAUAUGUGACUUCUCAAAAUGGCUUCAGUUCUAUGAAUUCGAUGUCAUUGGUGAGCUCACAUAUUCCAAGCGCCUUGGGUUCGUGGAUCGAGGUGUUGAUAUUGACGGUAUCAUCGGGAAUCUGGAGUGGCUUCUCAACUACGCCGCCAUAGUUGGACAAAUCCCAAUCUUGGAUCGUGUCUUUCUCAAGAACCCAUUGCGAUUGUUUGCAAGCCAAGUCGGACUCAUAAGCUCAAACACCUCGGUGGCGACCUUUGCCAGAGACCGGAUCGCCAGACGAGAAGGCGUGGAGCACGCCGAAGAAAAACCAGCAACCAUAUCUGGCAAAAAGGGAACAAGAAGAGACUUUUUGUCAAGGUUCACGGAAGCCCAUCACAAGGAUCCUGAGUUCAUUACCCGGGAACGAGUUGUGGCGCUGACCGUCGCCAACAUGUUUGCUGGCAGCGACACCACCGCGAUCAGCUUGCGGGCAAUCUUCUACUUCCUGUUGAGAACCCCAGAAGACAUGGAUGGCUUGAUGAAGGAGCUCUGGGCGCAACGGGAGAAUGGGAUAUUCUCUGACCCCAACGGCUUGGUCAACUGGAAUGAUAAGCUCUUCGCUGCCACCCUGCUGCGCGGACUUACGCUUGAACGAAUCGUGCCUCGUCAAGGUGUCACCAUUUGUGGAAAAUGGAUUCCCGGUGGGACAAUCGUCGGAUGCAGUGCCUGGACUGUGCACAGAGACAGCCUGUUUGGACCGGACACUGGAACAUUUCGCCCGAGGAGAUGGCUCGAAGCAUCGCCAGAGCAAAAACGACAAAUGGACAGUUCUCUUUUCACAUUUGGAGCAGGAUCCCACACGUGUAUUGGCAAGAACAUCAGUUUUCUCGAAAUGUACAAGCUUGUUCCAGCACUGCUAAUGAGAUUCGAGAUUGAGUUCGCAGAUCCCACAAAGCCGUGGAAAGUGCACAAUGCAUGGUUCGUCAAGCAGUCCGAGUUCAAGGUGUACCUCCGACGACGGAGCAAGGAGCAGAAUCUCAUCUAA